AUCGAAUCGCAUAUAUAAGGACCAGCAGCACCAGGCAUUGGCAUCACACAUCUCUUCACAUCCCACGUACACACAUCGACCAUAGGUUGAAGUUUGCAGAUUUGUCGUAGACAACACAAGAAGAAAUCAACAAAUAAGAAAUGGCUUCUUUCAAGAAUCUGAUAUUCAUCGCCUUGGCCGUGUACGCAGUGUCCGCCGAAGAAAACAAACCCGCCGAAGAUGGAGCAAGAGUGAAGAAACACGCCUACAUCGCUGCUGCCCCAGCUCCGGUCUUGGCUUACUCUGCAGCAGCCCCGGGAUACUCGUACUCUUCAUACUCUAAUUACCCAGCCACCUACGCUUACAAAUACGCCGCUCCAGCUGCUUACGCCGCUCCAGCUGCUUACGCCGCUCCAGCUGCUUACGCCGCUCCAGCUACUUACGUCGCUCCAACUGCUUACGCUGCCCAAGCUGCUUACGUCGCACCGGCUGCCUACGCCGCACCAACUGCCUAUGCCGCCACCCCAUACGCCGCUUACUCGAGUUACGCAACUUACCCGAGCUAUGCAGCUUACGACGAUGGAAAAUACUACCCAGGCAAAUACGAGAAGUCGUACUUCCCAGCAGCCUACAAAGCCGCAUACCCGGUCGCCUAUCACUACUGAACACCCGCACUCGCCUAUAUGAUUCUCAACCUCCUGACAAAAUGCAUAGAUUUAAAAAAAUACGAUUUUCGACAAUAAAAAUGUGAUCCUUUUUUCAUCAA